CUGCUGUGUUUGUAUUGCCUUUAGCCCGUGCUGUCCCUCCAACACGUGAAACAAAUGCAGGAGGUUUACAAAUUCAACAGCACAAAAAAUGCGGAGAUCCGUUUCAGAUGGCUCCGAUUGUGUCUGCGAGCCAAGUGGGAGGAGGCCAUUCCUCUGGCGUUACAGAUGGUGACAGAACAAGGCAGAAUGAAGUUCACUCGACCUCUUUACAGGGAUCUGUACAACUUUGAAACAGCGCGUCAGCAAACCAAGAACACGUUUGUGAAGAAUAAACCCAACAUGCACCCGAUCACAGCCAGUAUCAUCGCCAAAGACCUUCACAUGGAUCAACAAUAGAACAUAAGAAUUUUCUGGCAAAAGAAGAUCAAUGUCCAUCCAGUUCGCCUCUCACCAUCCUGGCUGUCACUUGACAUGUUGUGUCCUAAACUAUACACUGUAUCCCCAGAGAUUAUUUUCUAGCAGAAAUCUAAUUUGUUCUUGAAACAAACAACAUUUUCUGCUCCCACCGUCUGUCUCCCUCGGGAGCCUGUUCAAUACAUUUACAACUCUGAAGUAGUAUUUCUGAAUUUAGCCCCUUCAAUGUCCUCUGGUUCUACUGUUCAAUACAAGAUAAAACAGCUUAUCAUGGUCUAUAGUCAAUGCCUUCAGAAUCUUAAAGACGGUAAUCAUAUCACCUCUCAACCUUCUAUUAAUAAUAGGACUGCUCAGUCACGUAAAGAUGGGCUGAUCUGGAAAUUAAGUAGUCCAGUAUAAGAGCAUCUUCUGAACAAUAAUCUCAGCCCAAAACUUGCUCUUGACAAAUUUAAAGUGAAAUACAAUUGACAUAAGAUUUUUUUUAAUGUGUUCAUUGAAAUUCUGCAUUACAGGGAUGAAAUCAGUUUUUCUAUAAUUGUUACUGGUUUAACAAAUAAACCAGUAUUUGGUUUAGGAGAUUUAACUAAAAAUAAAUCUUUACCAGUGAUUUGAGCGCAUUAUUAACACGUGUAUCAGUAAAAUAAUAAAAAUCUAAAAUAAUAAAAUGAUUGAGUUUUCUGCAAAUUGUUCUGGCUGUUUUUCUUUUGGUCAAUCGGCUGUCUGUCCCAUGGAAAGCCAUCUCUGUGCUUAAGCCAUCUAAACCAAACUGAGUUUCAGGUAACAAUAAACCAACACCCGAGUGCCUCUAUUACAUUAGUAAUAAUCCUUGCAUUUGACAUAGCGCCUUAUCAUGUAAUUGAGACUCCUCAAAGCGCUGGUUGCUCAGCCUAACCAUCAUGAUCUACAGCAGGGUGAUCCAGCUGGUGGCCGUGGGCUGCAUCCGGCCCCUCCUCCCUCCAUUUUAUCCGUCCCACCUGCUCCCUCCUUAACCUGUAAAUGUUGGAUGUUUCUGGAAGGGAAACAAAAUGCGUCUCACAAACAUUUCCCAAAUAGGGCAAACAGCCCUCAGCAGCCACAAGGUUGGACCCCCAGGGCUACAGUGAAUGCGACUUCUAUUAUAUAAUGGGGGGAGGGGGGGAAGGCGCAUUUAAGGGAUUAAAAACUGCUUUAAAAACAUACUAGACUGGAACGUGCAAAGCAAAACUGUUUGCAAAGGUUUCUGAAGGCGUAUGGAUUUGUAAGAAUUACAAGUUGAAGAGAGUGCUAAAUGUUCAGUAAAUGUACACAAACAAACACCCCCCACCCCACCCCGUUGCUCCCUUUCACUCAGCGAUUUAUUCAUUUUAAUUUUGAACUACAAAUGUUAAUUUUCAACUAAAAAUGGAAUAUCUGUGGUUUUCUGUGAUUUGCUGAUGGUAAUUGUGUGGAGAGAGAGACUUUGGAAUUCCAGACUUUCUCACUGUUGACUAAACUUUAUGAUUGUGUGAAAUAUAUGGGAAAACUUCAGGUGUUUGGUUAGUAAUUAAAAAUAAAUCUUUACCAGUGAUUUGAGAGCAUUACUAACACGUGUAUCAUUGGAUAAUAAAAUGAUUUAAGUUUUCUGCAAA